UUUUUUGCAGCACACCUUGUAUGCGGACCUUGAACUUUUCAAGUUGAUAUUGAGCGAACAGCUCGGUCUUUAUACUGGAUAUAUUUUUUGAUGAUGCUGAAGUUGUGCAGCCCUCGCUGCGCCAUGCAUGCCUUCCCCCUGCAUUGGUGGACGUGCAGCGGCUCAAAGGCCUCCUUAUUUACACGCUGCGGAGAUGCACGGCGUGUCUGUCACCCCGGGGGCGUCGGCUCCUUAAUGAGAAAAAACCCGAUAUCGGAGCCCGAUGGCUGGAAGUGUCAUCGCCGUGUAACUUACUCAGCCUCCAGGGAGAAUGUCAGAAUAGGGUGUGCUUCGGGUUUCUGGGGAGACACGGCCACUGCGGUUCCACAGCUGAUACACGGAGGGAACCUGGACUUCCUGGUGUUUGAUUACCUCUCGGAGAUCACCAUGUCGCUUCUUACAGCCGCCAAAGCAAAGGACCCUAGCCUGGGGUUUGUUCCUGACUUUGUGCAAGUUUUAUCUCCAUUCAUCAAGGAGCUUCGUAAAAGAGGCAUACGCGUGGUCAGCAACGCAGGGGGGGUGAACCCGCUGGCCUGUGGAGGGGCCUUACAGGAGACUGUUCGGAAAGCUGGCCUGGACAUGAAGGUUGCCGUGGUAACUGGUGAUGACCUCAUGGCCCAGAAAGACUUACUGACGGAAGUCAGGAUGGCGGACAGUGGAAUCGCUCAACCUCUCCCUAAAGGCACCCACAGCAUGAAUGCGUACCUGGGUGCGCAGCCCAUCCGGAGGUGCCUGGACCUGGGGGCGGAGAUAGUCGUGACGGGCCGCUGCGUGGACAGCGCCGUGGUCCUCGGGCCCCUCCUGCACACGUUUGGAUGGGAGCAGUCAAACUACGAUCUGCUGGCGGCCGGGAGCCUUGCAGGGCACUUGGUGGAGUGCGGGGCCCAGAGCACGGGGGGCAUUUUCACAGACUGGCACACGGUUCCCGACUGGGAUAAUAUGGGCUUCCCGGUGGCGGAGUGCCGUGGCGAUGGUACCUUCGUGCUGUCCAAGCCCCCGCACACCGGCGGGCUUGUUUCCUUUGGCACGGUCACGGAGCAGCUGGUGUAUGAGAUCGGCGACCCCACGCGCUACCUGCUACCGGACGUCACCUGUGACUUCUCACGCGUCACCAUCACCGAGAUCCCAGGUGUGGAUGGCGGGGCUGUAAGGGUCGAGGGUGCAAAAGGAACGCCCCCAUCCAGUGACUACAAGGUGUGCGCCACUUACAUGGAUGGGUUCCGGGCUACAGCUGUGUGUCCCGUUGGGGGCCCCCGAGCUGCAGAGAAAGCCAGAAGGACUGCGGAGAGCAUCGUUAAAAGGACACGGACCAUGUUCAGGCAGCUCGGCUUUGCAGACUACACCUCUGUCAACGUGCAGGUACUUGGUACCGAGGACACCUAUGGCCCUCACGCCGCCAACGGGAAGGGACCUCGGGAGGUUGUUUUGUGGAUGGCCGUCCAGCACCAGCAGAAAAGGGCCCUGGAGCUCUUCUCCAGAGAAGUGGCUCCGGCAGGAACGGGGAUGGCCCCUGGACUUACGGCGAUAGUGGGGGGUCGGCCCAGAGUGUCCCCGGUUCUGAGACCGUUCUUCAUCCUCUACCCCAAGUCAGAGUUAAAGGUAGAUAUUUACCUGGACGGGGAAUUUGUGGGAGAGAUGAAGCACGAUGAUGUUUCCCGGCAAGAUGUAUGUGCUUCCCCUGCCGACGUGGAGGAGGCUGAGGACACACCCAGAGAUUUGCCAAGUGGACUGCACAGCUACAGAGUGGGGGAACUGGCUUAUACCCGGAGCGGGGACAAGGGCGACACAGCCAAUAUCGGUGUCAUAGCACGUCACCCCCUCUACUAUCCUUACCUGAAGAAGUUCCUGACGGCCGGUGCCGUCGAGCAGUAUUUCCGGCACCUCAUCAAGCAGGAUGGCGGAGCCCCCCCGGUGGUGCGGUACGAGCUGCCUGGGAUACAUGGCCUGAACUUUCUCCUGCGGAACUCUUUGGGUGGGGGAGGGGUGGCCUCCCUUCGCAGUGACCCUCAGGGCAAAGCCUACGGUCAGAUGCUGCUGGAUUAUGAAAUUAAGGGGCUGCCCGACCUGAAGUCUCUUGUGGAUUGACCGGAACCGCUUGCAGACGAGCGUCAAGGUGCUGACGUGUGACCGCGGCGCCUUGGGUGGGACCUAAGCUUGCGUUGCGGGCGGCAUCUGGCUGUCACACAGAACCCCGGCUGCUGUUAGCAGGAACCAGGCUGCGCACGUCACUCUUCACGGACGCCACAUGUGACCCACGGACAGAAGUCCUGCUGCCAUGUGACUGAAUUUACAUUAAGUUUAUGUAUCUGAUUUCUGCACAUACAUUGAUAAGAUGCACUUUUAUAAAUGCAAUAAAAUUCACCUUGUUCCAUACAUUUUGCAUAAUUCCUUCCCAGCUGGUGGGGAAAACAGUUGGUGCCUUUCUUCUGCUUUACCUGCAGAGGAUCGACUUGCCCUGACCUUGACUGUUGACCUUAAAGGGUUAGUACUGAUGUUUCCCCUGGGAAUUGUCAUUUUAGAGCUUUGCAAACGCAGGGCCCGAGCACGGUCAGCUUUCUCUGCUUUUUAUAUGAUUGUUUUCCUUUCAGUGAAGCUAAAAUUUUGCGAGAAACUUGAGAAGAACCUGAAAGCAUCUUUUAAAAGGUUUUUUUCGUCACAUGUUGUUUAUCUUAGAAAAGUGAAAGGUGUUGAAUAAACAAAAAGCGAUAUUUUCA